AUGGGCCUCUUUGAACAAAGGAUACGUAUGUGGCUGCAGUGCUUUACGCUGCUUUGUGUAGUGGAUCUUUCCGUUCCUCAAAUUGCAUACUCCAUUGCAGAGGAAGUGGAUAAAGUUGCAAAUGACGCGGAUGUUGGCAGCAACGCUGUGAAGACCUACAAGCUGAUUUCUAACGAACACUUCUCUUUGGAUGUACAGAGCAGUGGAGAAAAACGUGUAUCAGCUGAGUUAGUGCUGCAGAAGCCAUUAGAUCGAGAGAAAGAAUCGGUCAUCCGUCUCCUACUCACUGCGAUUGACGGAGGGAAGCCUCCCAGGUCUGGGACAUUACAGGUCGUUGUCAAUGUGAUCGACGUCAAUGAUAAUUCUCCGGUAUUCAGCCAAUCUCUUUAUAAGCUCUCUGUUUCUGAAAACGUUCCUCCUGGGACAAAAAUACUUACUCUCAACGCGACUGAUGUGGAUGAAGGAGUGAAUGGUGAAAUUCUGUAUUCUUUUGUUGGACAUGGAGAUAUAAGUCACAUUGAUGUGUUCGGCAUUAAUUCACAGACUGGUGAAAUUACAAUUGAAGGCAAUUUGGAUUAUGAAGAAAGUGCUGCAUUCGAAAUUCGUGUACAAGCUAAGGACAAAGGUCAUUCACCACGAACUACGCACUGUAAAAUUUUAAUUGAAGUUGUUGACGUGAAUGACAACGUUCCUGAGAUAUCCGUUACUUCUCUCAUGAGUCCGGUUCGAGAGGACGCACAGACUGGAACAGUAGUCGCUCUCAUUACAGUAUUGGACAAAGACAGUGAUAAAAAUGGACUUCCGAAAUGUAAGCUUAUUGGACCAAGUCCUUUCAAGCUACACUCAUCGUACAAGAACUAUUACUCUUUAGCUGUUGACAGUCAACUGGACAGAGAAAGCGCAUUUGAGUACAACGUCACCAUCAUAGCCACUGAUGACGGGACCCCGCCUCUAUCUAGCACGUGUGUUAUAACUGUACUCGUUUCUGACAUAAAUGACAAUGCUCCGAUCUUUCCAGUUCCGGAAAUUAACGUUUAUUUAAAAGAGAACAGUCCAGUUGGAGCUGCUAUACAAACUAUAUCUGCAGCUGACGCUGAUGUCAAUGAAAAUUCAUUAAUUACUUAUGCAAUAUUGCCCAAUGAAAGUAAAAGGGUGCCUCCAUCUACAUUAUUUAAUGUAAACUCCGUUAGUGGCGAUAUAUACAACAUGCAGGCUUUUGACUACGAGGAGAUUAAAAAAAUCCAGUUUCGAGUUCAGGCCACAGACUCCGGUGUACCUCCAUUAAGCAGCAAUGUAACCGUGAAUGUGUUUAUUAUAGAUGAAAAUGACAACAGUCCUCUAAUUCUCCCACCAUAUUCGGACCAGGGCUCUGUAAAUACAGAGAGCAUUCCCUAUUCUGCUGAAGCGGGAUACUUUGUGGCCAAGAUCAGGGCUGUGGACGCGGAUUCUGGAUAUAAUGCUCUGCUUUCUUAUCACAUCACGGAACCCAAGGGAAACAAUCUUUUCAAAAUUGGAACCAAAGAGGUGGAAAAGGGCACUUCUGUCGGAAAUAUCGCCAAGGAUCUGAAUCUAAAUGUACAAGAUCUGGAUUCGCGCGGACUGCACAUUGCCGGGGGCUCUAACAAAAGUGCACACUGCAAGAUUUUAGUUGAAGUUGUUGAUGUGAAUGACAACAGUCCAGAAAUCUCAGUGACGUCAUUUAUGAGUCCAGUUAGAGAGGAUGCUCAGCCUGGAACAGUGGUGGCCCUGAUCUCGGUCGUAGACAGGGACAGCGGAAAAAACGGCCUCCUGAGAUGUGACCUUAGUGGAGCUUCCCCUUUCAAGCUGCAGUCAUCUUACAAAAACUAUUAUUCUCUAAUAGUAGACGGGCCACUAGACAGAGAAAGUGUUUAUCGUUACAAUGUCACAAUCACAGCUACCGAUGAGGGGACUCCAGCUCUCUCUAGUAUCAGUGUCCUUACCGUAGAUGUUUCGGAUGUAAAUGACAAUGCUCCACACUUUCCUAAUCCAGAGAUUAAUGUUUAUUUGGAAGAAAACAGUCCAGUCGGUACUCUUAUACAAUCUGUGAAAGCGUUUGAUGCUGAUGACAAUGAGAAUGCACAAGUCACAUAUCUGUUGUUGGACAGAAUCAUUGGAGGAGUGCCGGUAUCCACCAUGUUGAAUGUAAACUCUCACACUGGGGACAUAUACAGCAUGCAGACUUUUGACUAUGAGACAAUUAAAAAAAUUCAGCUUCAGGUUCAGGCCACAGACUCUGGUGUCCCUCCAUUAAGUAGCAAUGUUACUGUGAAUGUUUUCAUACUGGAUGUGAAUGACAACAGUCCCCAGAUUCUCCCACCUUAUUCGGACCAGGGUUCCGUAAAUACAGAGAGCAUUCCCUACUCUGCUGAAGCGGGAUACUUUCUGGCCAAGAUCAGGGCUGUGGAUGCGGAUUCUGGAUAUAAUGCUCUGCUGUCCUAUCACAUCUCUGAACCAAAAGGAUCCAGUCUCUUCAGAAUUGGUACCAGUACCGGGGAAAUAAGAACUAAAAGGAGAAUGAGUGACAAUGACUUAAGGACCCAUCCAUUGGUUAUUUUGAUUUCUGAUAGUGGGGAACCUUCCUUCUCAUCAACGGUUUCCAUCGAUGUUGUGUUGGUUGAAAAUAAUGUUGAAAUCCCGAUUCAAGCCAGAGAACGGAUAAAGAAGGAUGCAAGUUUUUCUUCUCUAAAUCUGUAUUUGCUCAUCGCUACUGCAGCAGUCUCAGUGAUAUUUCUUCUGAGCUUCGUCAGUCUAAUAGCAAUUAAAUGUCACAAAGCAGAUAACAGUUUCAACAGAUACAGCACCCCAGCGAUCACCACACACCCCGACGGAAGCUGGUCUUACUCUAAAUCCACUCAGCAGUAUGACGUGUGUUUUAGUUCAGAUACACUGAAGAGUGAUGUGGUUGUUUUCCCCGUCGCAUGUCCACCUGCUGAAGCGGAUCUGAUCAGUAUUAAUGGCACGGACACUUUUAAACGGAACCAAACACUACCUAUGAGUGAGAAGGAACUGGAAAAUGGUACUUUUGUUGGAAAUAUUACCAAGGAUAUCAGUCUGAAUGUGGACUUCUGA